AGAGAGACUGCAGCAGCCUCUCCUCUCCUCAUCCCUAUUGGCUUUCCCUCUCUUGCAGACGUAGCUCCGCGCGCGCGCACCCCCCUUCUCAUACUCAGCGCGCGCCUCGAGCGAUGCUGCUACCUGGCGAAGGGCGGAAAACCCCCACGAGCGCGCGCGCCUCUCCAUGACAGCGACAAGCCGAGCAUGGUGCAGAAAUCCCGCAACGGCGGGGUCUACCCCGGACCGCAGGCCGAGAAGAAGCUCAAGGUGGGCUUCGUGGGUCUAGAGGCGGGCGCGGCGGACUCGAGCCGAGACGGAGCUCUGCUGAUAGCGGGUAGCGAUGCGAGCAAGCGCGGCAGCAUCUUGAGCAAACAACGGUCUAGCAUCUCGGGCAAGAAGCCUCCCAAACGAAAUGCCUUCUACCGACGGCUGCAGAAUUUCCUCUACAACGUGUUGGAGAGACCGCGAGGAUGGGCGUUCAUCUACCACGCUUAUGUUUUCUUGCUGGUCUUCUCCUGUCUGGUCCUCUCUGUCUUCUCAACCAUCAAGGAGUAUGAAAAAAGCUCUGAGGAUGCCUUGUACAUAUUGGAAAUUGUGACGAUCGUGGUGUUUGGAGUUGAAUACAUCGUAAGGAUCUGGUCAGCAGGGUGUUGCUGUCGAUACCGAGGAUGGAGAGGCAGGCUGAAAUUUGCUCGCAAACCUUUUUGUGUCAUAGACAUCAUGGUGCUAAUAGCCUCCAUCUCGGUGUUGGCGGCUGGCACGCAGGGGAAUGUCUUCGCCACCUCGGCCAUCAGAAGUCUGCGGUUCCUCCAGAUCCUGCGCAUGAUACGUAUGGACCGCCGAGGAGGAACCUGGAAGCUCCUGGGAUCCGUUGUCUAUGCCCACAGCAAGGAACUAAUCACAGCUUGGUACAUAGGCUUCCUGUGUCUGAUCCUGGCUUCUUUCCUUGUAUAUCUGGCUGAGAAGGAAGACAAUGAGAUGUUUGCGACCUAUGCUGAUGCCCUGUGGUGGGGCCUGAUCACGCUGACGACUAUAGGAUAUGGAGAUAAGUAUCCAAUAACGUGGAAUGGGCGUCUUCUUGCAGCAACUUUCACCCUUAUUGGAGUGUCCUUCUUUGCCUUGCCUGCUGGAAUUUUGGGCUCUGGUUUUGCCUUGAAAGUCCAGGAGCAGCAUCGGCAGAAACAUUUUGAGAAACGGCGGAACCCAGCUGCUGGGCUAAUUCAGGCGGCCUGGAGGGUGUAUGCCACCAAUCUCUCUCGCACGGACCUUCAGUCUACCUGGGAUUAUUACGAGAGAUCUGUAUCGGUUCCUAUGUACAGACUCAUUCCACCUCUUAACCAGCUCGAUCUUCUGAGAAACCUGAAGAGCAAAUCUGGUCUUUCCUUUAGGAAGGAAGCCCAACCAGAGCCCUCCCCAAGUCAGAAGGUCAGUCUGAAAGAACGGGUGUUCUCCAGCCCAAGAAGCUCGGGCGCCAAAGGGAAGGGCUCACCCCAGAACCAGCAGCCCCUGAGGUGCUCACCCAGUGCAGACAACAGCGUUGAGGACAGUCCUUCCAAGGUGCCCAAGAGCCUAAGCUUUGGUGACCGCAGCCGUGCUAGACAGGCAUUCCGGUUCAAAGGAGCAGCUUCACGUCAGAACUCAGAAGUGCUGAUUGAGAUGCAGGCAGAAGAUUUGAGGCAGAAGAGCUCCCCAGAAGCCAGCCUUCCUGGAGAAGACAUUGUUGAUGACAAUAAGAGCUGCCAUUGUGAGUUUGUCCCACAAGAUUUAACACCAGGGAUCAAAGUUACCAUCAGGGCUGUGUGCAUUAUGAGGUUUAUGGUGUCAAAGCGAAAGUUUAAAGAGAGUCUGCGGCCUUACGAUGUGAUGGAUGUUAUUGAGCAGUAUUCAGCUGGACACCUAGACAUGUUGGCCAGGAUUAAAAAUCUGCAGUCCAGGAUAGAUAUGAUAUUGGGUCCUCCGGGUCCCACCACUCCCCGCCAUAAGAAGUAUUCAACCAAAGGAACCAAAGAGUCGCCCCAGUUCUCACCUAGAGUGGACCAGAUUGUGGGUAGAGGUGCUCAAAUCACAGACAAGGACCGUCCCAAAAGCACCACCGAAACAGAGAUUGCAGAGGACCCCAGCAUGAUGGGAAGGCUUGUGAAAGUAGAGAAACAGGUGAUGUCAAUGGAAAGGAAACUGGACUUUCUAGUGAACAUCUACAUUCAGCGAAUGGGAAUCCCACAGUCUGAGACAGAUGCCUACUUUGCGUCCAAGGAGCCUGACCCAGCCCCGCCAUACCAUAGCCCAGUUGACCACAUGGAGAAGUCCGGCUCCAUUACUAAAAUCAUCCGUUCCAACAGCUCUGUUGGCCAGAAGAACUUUGACCCGCCUCCCUCCACCUGUGCCAACCAGACCCACUGCCAUCCCUCCACCUCCUGGCAUCCUCAAGCCCUUCCUGAACCCCCUCAGCAAAGCCAGGGCGCCUCCCCUGUGGCUGACCCAUCUUUGGUACGCAUCCCACCUCCACCGGCGCACGAGCGCUCCUCUGGUGGACAUAACGGUGGUUCCAGAAGUGCAGGGCAGCACCACUCUCGUGGGAAUGGGCUAGAGGAGGGGAAAGCUGGAGGUCUGUCCCAGCAACAGGCAGGUGCUGAGAGUGACACCUCCAUAUCCAUCCCUUCAGUGGAUCAUGAAGAACUGGAACGCUCCUUCAGUGGCUUCAGCAUCUCCCAAUCAAAGGAGAACCUGGACUUUCUCAACAACACCUACUUCAGCGGGGUGGCACGCUGCUCUAAAGUGAGACCCUACAUUGCAGAGGGCGAAUCCGAUACAGACUCUGACCUCUGCGCCCCUUCACCCCACUCUGCCACUGGGGAAGGAGCUUAUGGCGACAGGGGUUGGUCUGGCUCAAAGUAGUUUAAGUAAGCUUUUAAAGUGGUGUUCACCACUCGGGAUAGCAGCCUCUGAAGCCAAAUGCAAUGAAAGACUUGGCGAAAAACUGUAUUUGUCAUCUUUAAAAUCAGCGCUAUGUCUUGCAGAUACAGCUCCAAAAUCAGUGCCAGGAUCUUGGUGGUAAUGCCAACCGCCUGAAAUGUGGAACCUCCUGGUACUUACAAAUUAUUUGGACACCUUGAAAUGGUAGGUGUGGCUGUUACCUAUAAAGGUGCCAUCAGUCAUUUCUUCUUUCAAGAGACAAGCAUCUGUUCAUCAGUCAUCUUGCAUCUCUUUUAAACAAAAAUGGAAAUCAGAGAACAGCGUAAAGAAAGACCAGAUGGACAAAAAGAGCUGAGGAUAAAAAAAAGUAAUGGUAUGUCUCCAUAUUAAAGCACAUACUAUUCUUAAAGCACAUAAGUUCAUGUGUCCACCCCGGCAGGUAAUGUUUGGUGACCUGUUCAGCCUGACUUGUUAUUCUGAAUGGUUCCACUACAUCCACAUUAGCCCAUGAAUGUACUUCAUGACAUGACUACUUAAUAGCUGAAAAUCAAAUUUCUAUUUUCAUCACACCACCUUACUAUUCUCUUUAGAAACAAUAUCGCAUUGUACUCCUCUAGAAAAACAUAUGAGUUUCACUUUAAUUAUAUAUGAAAGGUACACUAUCACAGGGUCACGAGUUUACAGCAUUUUUAUCUAAUCCCUAGUUUUAAUCAUUUGCAUGAAUCAAGAACAUUUAAAAGGGAUGAAUAUUUGCCAUUUAUUUCAUACUUCAAAUUAAUACAGCUUCAAGAAGAAGUGAAAAAAAGCUUAAUAUUUUUAUGCAUUCUUUUUUUUCCUAAAGAGAACCACUAAAGCAAUGUCUAAAUAUAAUGUGUAUUAACAAUUAUCAUGAAUUUAGUGACCCCCUUUAACAAAUCUAAAUUUAUGCAUCAUAGUCACAUUACAUCAGUCAGAUAUUAUUUUGUGUAAUAAUUGAAAUUUUCUUUUUUAUUUAUGAUUAACUGGCUAACUUUAACAUCUGAUUAAGAAACAUUCAACUUGGAUUGUCAGUUCAUUGAUAAUAUUAACUUUUACCAUCUUUGCUGUAAUUCUUUUACUGGUCAGGACAUUUACAGUAAGCAAAACACAGUAAAAUUGUCUACUACUCACUUGUCCUGAUAUUGCACAGUUUUAAGCAUAGUUGUAAUUGCCACAAGGGAGCGCCAGUUACCCAGCAUACACUACUUUUGACUUUCUCCCAUUUUAUGCAACUACAGAAUCUUUUGUGGUUACGCAAAAUGUUCUACUCUAUCAAUCCAGCAUUAUCAAACAACAUGCUAAGAGAAUAAUGUGUAGAACUUCCAGACAGUUUAGAUACCUGAUGGCUGGCAUGUCAUUUAAAUGAUGGGGAGAGAUUACUUACCAUGUGUCUUAUCCUGUCAGUGAGAACAUGGAUAGUUGUGGUCACAAAAUCCUCACGCACAAAAUAGCAUUAUGGUACCACUGGGAUUCAAACCAAGCACCUUCUGUAGUGCAUACAUAUCCCAUUUAACUGGUUCUAUGGGUAGUUAUGGUCCUCCAGCAGUAAAAAGUAUUAUGAUACAACUGGGAUUCAAGCCUGAGACCUUCUGCAGUGCACACUUCUUGGUUUAUUUUUAGCUUGUGCACACGCAAAUCCCAUGUAAGACCUGGUUCUAAAGGAAACCUGUUAUCUACACUGCAUCAGUCACUGCUGAACCAGUCACGUGUUUUAAAUGCACCUUCCACAAAGUGCAUCUCCAAAGAGCACGGUUUAAUUUGAACCAUUUUGUCUUCCAUCUAGCCUAUGUUCUUAUAUUUAGUAGAGACAACUCUCGGAAAAACUCUUAUUUCAUUAUUUCAGCAACUCCAUCAAAGGCAAAGCCUUAUGGGGCCAAGAACAUUUAUUAAAAUCUAGAACAGCAGUAAAGUGACCAUUUAAGUUGAGGCAUACUAAACAAUUUGUGUGAUUUUCAGACUUGAGCUUCAUCAAAGAACAUGUGGCUAAGGAAACAGUAUGCAGGCCUUAACUUACAGAUGCAUAAGGAAUGCUUGAAAGACAUUUCUCACUUGCCCAUAUAGAAUGAGUGAUAGGAUUGUUGUAAAACCAUGUAAAAAAAAAAAAAAAAAAAAAG